AUGAGACGGAGUCCAAGGAGACCCCUGAUCCUCAAAAGAAGGAAGCUGCCAUUUCAGCAAAAUGACGAGACAACAGCAGCUGGAUCGCAAAGCCAGUUUGCUGCGUCCGGCUCAGAAGAAUCCACGAAACCGGACAUGAGUCGGUGCUUCCCCGAUGGGAUCCGCAUCAUGAACCACCCCUCCAUGCCUGACACUCAGGUGGUCGUCAUUCCCAAGACAGCUGACCUGCAAAGUAUCAUCGGGGCCCUCACUGCCAAAGGCAAAGAGUGUGGCGCCCAGGGACCUAACAAGUUCAUCCUUCUGAGUGAGAGCGGCAGCUGCAACAAUGGAUCCUUUUGUCAGACUGCUGCUGAACUGGAUGGCGUCUCUACAAUAAGAGCAGACGGACAACCAGUGAAAGUGGAAACUAUGUGCAAGCCCCCUGACCCUAAACCGCUCACUGGAAUUAAAUCAUUUAACAAGGAACUGGAGUGUCGCCCUUUAGACGAAAGCCUCACCAGCAUGCAGUGGCUGGGCAAAAUGAGCCCAUCUACCGUGGAACCAGCUCUUCCCAAGCAGGUGCCCGGCAAAGAGAACCGCGACCCAGAUGUACAAGCUCCUCAGGCACAGGAAAAUCCAGCCGAGGAAGAAGCUGUUCAACAAGCUACGUCAGAAAGGCCACCGUACUCCUACAUGGCCAUGAUCCAGUUUGCCAUCAACAGUCAAAAGAACAGAAGGAUGACACUGAAAGAGAUUUACACUUGGAUCGAGGAGCACUUCCCUUACUUUAGAGAGGUGGCCAAACCAGGAUGGAAGAAUUCCAUCCGCCAUAACCUCUCUCUGCACGACAUGUUCAUUCGUGACACGUCACCGGACGGUAAAGUUUCUUUCUGGACCAUCCGGCCCGAAGCAAAUCGAUGUCUCACUCUUGAUCAGGUUUACAGGCCGGGUUGUGACCCAAUGACUGCUCCUGUCCAUGUGCCAAUGCUUUUAUUUCCCCAUCAACAACUAAAGAAGGUGCUUCCUGAUGCAAGAAAGACACAAACUGGCUCUGAGAGAAAGAUGAAACCUCUCCUUCCUCGAACCGACUCGUACUUGGUCCCGAUCCAGCUCCCUGUCUCCUCCCCCUUCUACCUGCCGUCCUCGUCGGCCCCGUUUCUCCUGGCGUCCUCGCAGCAGAAAAGGAACAUUUCACGAGGAACCAAGAGAGUGCGGAUAGCCCCUAAGGUGGAAAAAAGUGAGUCUCCAGCUGUGGUUCUGCUUCCUGAGAAGAGCGAUUGCUAUCAGAGGGAGAUAAAGCAGGAGCCAAUGUGUGUUCCGAUUAAAUGCGAGACUCCCAAAGCCCCCCCGAGGACACAAGCCAGCAGCUCCAGACGUAAACAGCGUCUGAUUCGCUCUGUUGACGAGGAGCCCGUCCUCCUUUGUCCUGACAACAAUUUCUUUGACUCUGGCGUCGCCUCCGAUGCCUCCAUGUUCCACGACAUGCAGGACACUACCGUGGACGAGCAGAAGCCUGAGCAGCACACCCCCGAACGGGAGUUCUCCUUCAAGACCCCCAUAAAAAGUAACAGCCAACUGAGCUCCUCCACCCCCAGCAAGCCCCCUUGUAACGCCACACCCGAGACCUGGAAGGUGACCCCUGUGGGCAAAGGGCUUCAGAACGUUCUGGAUUUCAGCCCCAUCCGCACACCGGGUGGUCCCGCCGUCACCCCCCGCCACGACUACAACUCGUUCAGUUUCAGCAGCACUCCAUUUAAAGACUGGCCUCUGUUUAACUCCCCCAGGGAGCUGCUCAACUCCGCUACCUCCAGAGUCACAGAACCAGCAGACUCUCCCACCGACGGCCCCCAGAGCAGCUGCUCCAGAGAGCUGCUCCAGGCCGGAGGUGUCACACCCACUAACCGCUCCAUCACAGAGGGUCUCGUCCUCGAUACCAUGAACGACAGCUUGAGCAAGAUACUGGUGGACAUUAGCUUCUCCUGUCUGGACGAUGACGACCUGGGUAUGGCCAACAUCAGCUGGUCCGAGUUCAUUCCACAGUUUAAGUAGCUGAAGGGCAGGAAUAUUGUGUAUAUAUUACAGUGACUUUUUUUCAAAACACUAUAGGAUGGAUAGCUGGAACAGAAACAGCAAAGCAGGUGCAAACGUACAAGAAAUCUGAGAUAUGAAGACCACAAGCUUUUGGGUAAACACGAACAAUUCAUAGAUUUUUCAUAACUAUAACUGUCAGUUUAUCAGCACUUCACUUUUUCUGUAUUUAUUUUACCUGAUUUGAUUUCACUCCAUAACAACACUAAAGUAAAACUGAAGAGAAGCUGCUCUCUAGGCUGUCAUUUCUGCUGGAGUUUGAUUGGGCCUAAGUUGCAGCUUUAAUGUGAAGAAUGCAUCCUUCCAUUCAGUUGUUGUGGUUGUUCAUUGGAAUUAGCUUCCCUUUGCAUCUGCUCUGCUUCCUUCAUAUGUUUCUGGCUGGCGUUUGUAAUCAAAACCGUUUUUUGCAGAAUUAUUGACAGGGACGCUUAGUAAGUCCUAUUUCCUCCAAUCGCUUUUUUUGCAUCAUUCAAUAAUCGGUCCUGUUUUCUUUUAUCUUCUAUCCUUACUGUUGUGUCCGUCUGUAUUUGUGAAGGAAUCUAGAGAAGAGAAGUGAGUGUAUAUGUAUGUUGAU